AUGACUAUCAUCCACAUCGUCCUUUUCGAGUUCGCCGCCGACGCUGACCCAGAGGCUGUCAAUGACAUCUGCAAGCGCAUGCUGAACCUGUCGAAUACCUGUCGCCAUCCCGAGAAUGGGCAGCAGUACGUGUUUAAUGGGAUUGGGGGGAAGAAUAACAGCCCGGAGGGUCAUGAUGGAGGGUUGACGCAUGCGUUUAUCUCGCAUUUUGUGUCGGAGGCGGAUCGGAAGUAUUAUUUGGAGAAGGACCCGGUGCAUCUUGCGUUUGUGAAGAGUGUUGGGCCGCUGGUGAAGCAGGUGAAGGUUGUGGAUUUUGAGGAUGGGGUGUUUUGA